AUUAAUCAUAUUAUAAAAUUUCAAAAAGUAUAACUGAUUGAAUCAAAUACGUUUAAAAGAUAAUUUUAAGGGAAAACAAUGGAAAUGUCCCUGAUGUUUGAGCGAGCGCUGGUUUUGGUCCCUCCCCGGAGUAACUUCCAGAAAUGGUCCCUCCGGUGGCCAAAACCACCGCGCCUGAGUUUUGCACCGGCCACCAUGCACACAUGGCCACGCCACGUCAAUUAAUGAGAUGACGUGGCAUUUUUUUUGUUUUAAAAUAAAAAAAAAAACUAAAAACCCUUAAAUUAACUAAAUUUAAACCUAAUCUAAUAUCCUAAUCCAAGUACACCUAAUGUAAACCUAAAUUCAUGCUACUUAACAUCUGAAUUCCCAAAUCCCCAAUUCAUGUCUUAGGGUUCUUGAGUUUUCCCCAAAUCCGAGCUUCUUCCCCAAAUUCGAGCUUCUCUCUUCAUCAUCCCAGCAUCUUCAUCAUCACAUUUAUCAUUGUGUGUGCUAAUCGUGCAUCAUCAUCACAUUCGACCCUUUUAUCUUCAUCCUCCACGAAUCUGACAUGAUGGGUAAGGCUACAUCUUCUGGUUCUGGUUCCACCUCCGCUUCCGGUGGUCGUUCUUCCGCUGCUGCCGUUAUGCGUCGUGGAUUCUGUGACUGUGGAGAAAGGGUUCUUUACUUGACCUCCCACAGUGACGCGAACCCAGGAAGGAAGUUCUGGAAGUGCAGAAAUUGGAAGUCACCACCUGAGUGUGGGUUUUUUUUGUGGGAUGAUGAAUAUGCGUUUGAAGGAGCAAAUACCAGAGCUGUAGUUGAACUGACCAGAACAUUGCGUGAAUUGGAUGUGAUGAAGAAUAAACUGGAAGAGAGCAAGAAGACCUUGGAGGAGUGUAAGAUGAACUUAGAGGAUUUGAGGAGGAAGAAUGAUAAGGUUCAGAGGAAGCUUGAGUAUGAAAUGAUGAAGAAGAAUAUGGCUAUUGUUUGUGUUAUUCUGUCAUGGUUUUGGUUUGUGUUUAUGUCAGGAAAACUUAAUGUUGUUGUGUAGGUAGUUGAAAGUCAGGGAUGUAAUAUUGAAGGAUGAUGAAAAAUUGAAAGGAAUUGAAGUUGGUUGUUGGAUACAACCUAAAUGUAUCUCUGUUUUCAUUAAUG